AUGAUUAACGGCAUAGUCUUGGUGCUAUUUUUGUCAGUGAUCGUUACUGGACAACAAAUAAUUCGGUUUCAAAAUGCACAGAGCUUGAAAAGAGAUCAGGAAAAGGGCAUAUUUUAUGCUCAUUUUAAAGUUCAUCACCAACAUCGUUUGAAUGUGCUGCCUAUAAAAAAAACUGCACUAAGAACUCAACAGGAGUGUGGCCAAUUUUGUGCUGAUACAAAAACAUGUUUUUCCUUCAACGUAGCUUCAGUGACGAACGCUAACAACAAACUAGUUUGCGAGCUUUUGCCGACUGACAUUUUUAACAAAUCUGAGAAAUUUGGUUCUAAUCCUAGUUUUCAUCACUUCAGCAUAAAGGUAAGAAAUUGCUAUUUUAUUAUUCGGCUCUUUUUUGUGUUGUUUUGUUUUUGUACUUUCACGAUGGGUAGUACCAAGAGAUAUAGUCUCUUGGUAGUACAUAUUUCGACCAAUUUUCUAACGAAAUGUUUUUAAAGUGAAGGAAAUCCUUCUUUUCAACGGCAUUCUUUUUGUUUGGGAAUAAGCUAUAUUGACAUGAUUCUGUUAUGGGACCAUCAGUAACAAUGUCAAUGCUUAAUUCUCAGACACCCUGUUCCAAAAAGCCCUGCAAGAACGGAGGAAGUUGUGUGGCAAAGUAUGAAGAAGACGCGUUUCAAUGUGUAUGCGCCCCAGGGUAUACAGGAACACAUUGCGAAACAGGUUAGGCGAUCGUAUUUUGUUAUAAAGUUCAAAGAGGAAAAGCUAAUUAAAAUUAACUUUCGUUUUUAAACUACAACGGGUAAAAAUUCAAAGGGAAUAAUUAUUUUUAAGGUCUCCUUACAGAGGAAAACCAGCUUGAAAUGCAGUCACUUUAUGUAUUUAUUAUUGGGAGUAGAUGAUGAUUAUUAUGUUAAACAAAUAGACAACUGUAGCAAGCUGCAUCAGUCAAACUAAUGAGAUGACGUCGACUACACAAUUGUUACAUCGCCAAACUAUCAAACAAAACUGAAGAGGUGUAGUGAGAGUGUCUUAUAUGCACCGUUGGGCUUUCAAUUAAUAUUAUUACACCUAAAAAAACCACUUAAAAGAAAUCAGUGGAACUUGACUAGUUGCACAUCAAGAUAUAAACUUAAUUAACCCGCUUUAGUGUUCGGUUGUUGCCAAGGCUGUUAAAGCUAGUAAUUUUCCAAUUCAAAACGUGCAGCUGUGCACAGUUCUUAUGUUUUAAGCUUUACUUGAAAUAUUCUGAGUUAAUAAACUGACUUUUCUCCAUAAACUGCCAGAGAACUUAUUUCUUAAUUUCAUUCUUCUUAUCAUUACUUAAAUCUAUUACUAAUGAAAGCCCUAAAAUUCGGUUUUUAACGAACGUAAAAAAAAGGGGUCACGGGCAUAUAAGAAAGUAAUUUUGGAAAAACUUGUUGGGUCGAGAUUUCCAUUCAGUACAAGCAACCUUAAAAUUGAAACAAUUCCCGCUUUAUGUAUAAUUAGUUCAAAGAAUUUUCAAAACCUGAUAAAGAGCUUACAGUGUACGUGUUACCUUCGGAACGGGCAUGCAUUAAAAAUGCAGGUGUGUAUAGUUGUGCUUUGUUUUACCAUUAAUUGGUAUCAUUAUUCAUUCAAAAUAUUUCCCCAAUUCUGAUUGGCUAAAAGCGUGGGCAUAACUCACCAUAACCAGUUACUGAUGACCAAAUUUGGAAGAAUUUUGUGUUUAACGAGGAAAUGACGUCAAAAAUUUAAUUAAUUUUAAUUUGUUAAAGUAGACCUAAAUGUUUACAUUACGGCUAACAAGAGCGCCCCGAUACGUACUAAUCAAAUCCUUCUUUCUAGCAAUCGGCUGGAGGUAUCUCCAUGAUCUUUCACACACGUUUUUAAAAAGAUUGAAACUACUGUGAGGUGAAAUUGCAUGUCAAAAGCGCUUCGUUUAGUACAGAUAACAGUCCAACAUCAAGAUUGUCAAUUUUUUACCGUAUUUCUAACCAGAAAAACUUCAUCCCAGAAUAUCUCGAUAACGCUCUUACAGGUUUCGCUUAAACUUCACGAACAUCGAGGCACCUAUCGUCGGUAAAAGCUCCAGUAAACGAUUUUGGAAGAACAGUUCCCAGUGCCGAGAAAUACUGCUGCAAGUAAAAUAGGUAAUGGCGUUAUUUCGUUGCUAUGACAACUCCGAUCUCAUUGUAACCCUGAUCAUAACAAAUUUUCAUCUUUAUCUAAUACAACUGUGGUGUUAAUUUUUCCAAAUCUUUGUUUAUGGCGUCGUAGUUUACGCUCAAACUUGGGAGGUAUUGACCCUGACAAACUGUAUCGAGCCACCUUCACCCGUUUCAAGAGUAACAACUACAGCUGGAACUAGGUAAAGUAAUAGCUAAAAACGUAGCAAAAACAGUAAGAAGAAAACUCGGAAGGCGACAUCUGCUAUUUGGAGAAUAUUUGCGGAGCUGGACAAACUUAAACGUACAAUAUCGAAGAUGAACUUAACAUCGAUGCAGGUAAGCAUGUUUUAGCCAGAUGUUUUUAAACUAGGAAUUACUUUGAAUGAAUAAUAAAGCAAUUAAUGAAUUCGGCUUUCGUAGCAUACAUAGGAUUAAGCAGAUCGAGGAAAGUGUUAUCCACCGAAGCCAAAACCGAUUAAAGCACAUUUGGAGAAAUAAAUAACUGAAAUAGGGUCGUUGUAUUCAUAUUCACACUGACGUCGCGUAGAAGUUUUUGUGAGCUUUUUGAAGCUAGAUUUCUCUUUCUCUUUAAUUAUUAUUAUAGUUUUAUUUUAUAUAAGCAAGUAGAGAUUACUAUUAUUAUUCAAGCAACAAGAAUAAAAUACCACUCUUUUCAUAAGAAAAUGAAAACCUGUUCAGGAACCUGACCUAAUUUCCUAGGUAACCAUCAAUUAUAAAGAAAAUUUUCGAGGCUAGCUAGUACGAAAAAUCGAGGGUCUUUCAAGAAGGUUUUUAGUAUGUUACAACCGGUAUAUCUACAAGUAUACAUGUGCCUAUAUACAAAGUUGCGGAGCCAUCUUCGUGAUCAUACGCGUUACAUCAAGUGACCUUGUCGGGAAAGUUGAAUCAAAUUCUUAUCAUCCACCUUAAAGCUUAAGAGGGUAGACUGAAUUUCAAAACACGCCGUUUCUCGUCCUGAAAAGAAGACAGCCAUGUCCGUGUCAGUAUUUUACAAUUUUAUUUGCGCUUGUCUUCGUCGAUGUCGCAGUUUCAACACAAAUUUCCGUUGUCGUAAUUUCAUCUGUCUCUAAUGUCGCUGUUUUCCACGCCGUGACGCUUUCAGGAGAUCGACAUGAAGGUUCUAUACCUGCCAACUUUUUCUGAUGAGUCAAAUGCGUCAGAUUUUUGUCUUGUCAUGAUCUGGAUUUUCCCAGCGACCUCCGAAGAAUUCUGACGAUUUUCCGAAGACUUCCGAACAUUGCCGAAAUGUCUGAAGAUGUUCCAACGGAGAAUGAGCACUCCCGAAACUUUUCGGAAACGCAUCAGUUUCUAUGAUAUGGCACUGUUAGGACACAAAGUCGUCAUUAGGGCCUUUUUGGAAUAUUUACUGGGAGAUUGAAUCAAAUUUCGUUAUUAAUGAUGUGGUAAAGAACAACUUGCCCAGAUUUGUGAGUCAGGCGUGAGAAAUUGCCCUUGAUGCGUGAGAUCAAUGUCCUUAGUCUGCAAGCGUGAGACUCACGCAUAAUGCGUCUCCAAACGCAAGAGGGUCAGAAGCGUCCAACCCACAUUAAACAUAGACUUAAAAAUGCCCAUUUUAUCCGUCCUGUUUAGGAGAUGGGUGAGUUUACGCAACAGGACGCGGCGGAAAGAGGAGGACGGCAAAACGCUUUUGUGUGACAAAAGUGACUGGGCUAUUACUUUCAUGUUUUGUCGUAAUCUUCACUAAAUAUUUUUUACAUAAAGAUCUGUUGCAUUUUCAAUAGAGUUACUAGAAUGGAGUCGCAAAUUUUCUGAUUUUUGGGGUAAGACAGUUUUUCAUAUUUACCGUUAACAAACGUACCGCAGAACUUUGUACUGUAGGUGAAAAGUAAGGUGUUCUUCAUUCAAAAUAAGGUAGAUAAGUUGGGAUCGCGAAAAUUACGUUUUUGCCACAGAAUAGACUAUAAUGGGGUAGGGGCAAAUAUACCAGCAAAAAUUAACCCAAGUACCCCCCCCCCGCCGGUAGGGCGUUAGGACAAUCCUAUCUGCUUUGGGUCUUUAUUUUUUGAACUGACCUUGAUCUGAGGACAGUCAAAACUCAUAGAUAUGUCACACGGACAUUGAGGGGGGCAUAGAAAGUAUCCGUAUUAACGUUGAAUUUAGAGAAAAUGUAAGGGCUUUCUUUCGCCAUGGACAAAGAAAACUGUCCGUAAUAAUGAGGUGUCCGUAUUAAGCCGGUGUCUGUAAAGCGGGUUUUGACUGUAAUUUGUAUUUGUCUUUCAGAUAUAAAUGAGUGUGUCAGCAGCCCGUGCCAGAAUGGUGGGUCAUGCAGCGACCUCGUGAACAAAUUUGUCUGCGCUUGUCCUCCAGGGUACGGUGGGGUCCUUUGUGAGGCUGGUAAGUAAAUGGUGUCAGGGGUACAGUGGGGCUUAGGGUCUAUUGUUAGGAGGGUACAUAUAUUUCAGUACAAAUAUGUUGUGAGCAACACGGUGGGGAGGGCUGACAUUGUAUUCUUUGGAAGACAUAAUCAUGGGAUCACUCUAUCAUCUGUAUUGCUCUUUUUAUCGAAGGCUGUAGGCAUGGUGUAGCAACUCCUAAUCCCGAAUCCAACCCGAAAAAUAUAACGCACAAUGGUCUGCACACAAUUUCACGUUCUAAACUGAACUCUCCUUGAGGCCUAACAAUGAAACAUGCCAAAUUUCGUACAUGUCUUGGCAGAAGAAGUCCAAAGCGUCCUGUCGGUGUCUUUGCAAAGCAAAAAAAAAAACAUACUAGACAAAACCGACUCUUAUAUGUGAAACUGAGGGGAUAUCAUUCUUGACUUCAAUCACUCAGCAUACUGUUAUGCGACUUUGCUUGCUCUCGAUGGUGUAUUGGUGGCUAAACAGUGUCCGAUGUAUUGAUGUAUGUUUAUGAAUAGUGUCCGAUGUAAUUUGCAAAAGCUAAGAUUGUUACUUCAACUGUUCAAUGUCCCCCGUAGUUCAUGGUGGUUACAGUUCAUGGGGUCAAUGGGGUUCCUGUGACGUCUCAUGCGGUGGUGGGACGCGUUACAGAUACCGCGCAUGCACCAACCCUCCUCCUCAGCACGGCGGAAACGACUGCUCUGGACUAGGGUCUAAUGCUCAAACGGAAGUUUGUAACAGCAACAAUUGUCCAAGUAAGUCGUUCAAUUGUAUAGAAAUUUAAUGAAGUUUGCAACAGCAAUAAUUGUCCAAGCAAGCCGUUCAAUACCGAAUUUAAACAGGACGCCCCCCUAAUUUGAUAAUUGCCGUCCCUCAAAAACUCUUUUUGUUGUGGCUUUGAGUUUGGCUGUUCAUCUUGGAUCAUAGACAUUAGUAAAAUCGUCAAACCUGCUAUUUUUGCAGUACUAGCUAUACAGUCACGCAAACUUCUUCUGAGUUGGAUUCCUUCGUUUUCAGCAUACCUGACUAUAGCUCUGGACUCCCCGGUGUUUUGAAAAUUGAAAUGCACGACUGACUGCUAGAGCUUGCGUCGUUCGUUGCGCCGCUGAUUAUGGUACAAAAAGUUAAUAGGGGUUUAAGUUCUUAUGGUUGAUAAAAAAUUUGUUCGUUAUAUGUGUGAGUGUCAUUGUAUUUUAAGCACGAAAGAACAAAUUGAGGACACUAACUUUACGUCUGCUUGUGGAAACGGGACCGCCAUUUUACGUGGUCAUCCGAGCCACGCAAAGGUCUAGCCAUUUGCAGUCCAAAGGCAGUACCUUCAUUUCUCAGUUAUUUCAAGACUCCGAGUAUUGGUCCGGCCCCGGAAAUCGAACCCGCGACCUCCCGCUCUGCAGUCAAGCGCCCUACCGACUGACCUAACCCUUCCGCCGCGGUUUUCGGGUAACACAUCCGCCGAUGAUAGAAAACGGUUAGCGUAGAAGUACCGAUACUCGUUCUGAACAGGGCUACAAUGUAGGUUUUGUAAAAAAACAAAAAAAAAAACAAGACAAAACAAAAAUAACAACAAGGAAAUUAAAUGGCUGACCUACUUGUCACCGCCAUUUUUUUCGCACUUUAGCUUGUUUCAAAACUACAUCGUGACAGCGAACAGUUGCAACUGAGCUUCAAUAGUUGAUGAUGGCGCUCACAUCACCAAGGCACUACAGUAAACACCCGCAUAUAAGAACAAAUGGAUUAACAACAACAGGCUGAAAUUUGGCCCAUAAAGCACCAUAUAUAAAUAUCUAUAAGAAACCGAGUUCAGUUUGAUAAGUAAAACGUGUUCUUAUAUAAAAAGGAAGAGGGUGUCAGAAUGAGAAAGCAAUGUAACCACUGGGUUGCUGCUAGACAAUUACAAAACUAUAGCAGUUGCCUGGGUAUUUUUAGGAUUUUAUGCUCCAGAGGAUCAUGUUAUAUAUGCUGCAGCUGGUUGAAGGAUGUAAAUAUCAAAUACAUGUAGUAAACUAUCUGAAUAGAAAAGAUCAACUAAUUUCAUGUUAUGUGUAGUAUUUCUGAAACAAAGUUUAAGAACAAAACGUCUUCAGGCUGAUUUCUCAAUAAACACCCGAUAAAUAAGAACUAGAUCAGGCUGAACCCCCAAAUCAUGUGUUCUUAUGUGAAGGUGUUCACUACUGUAUCACUUCACGAUCAGAGGUUGGACUAACACCCAAGGUCUGCCAGUUGGUCUUUGUAGCCUGGAAGUGGUUUAAGAAUAGUAACGUGUCUGAGAUGAAAUUAAAGUGAAAUUGGUUCCAUUUACCAGUGAAGGGAGCUGGUUUAAACCAGUAACCAAUUAUAUUGACAAAAGCGGUUUUGUUUCAGUUCAUGGUGGUUACAGUUCUUUUGGUCAGUGGAGUUCUUGUUCAGUUGCUUGCGGAAGUGGAACUCGUUCCAGAUCCCGCUCAUGCACAAAUCCCCCACCACAAUAUGGCGGCAAUGACUGUUCUGGAUUGGGAUCAAGCGUUGAAAGUGAAGGUUGCAUCGGUAACAAUUGUCCAAGUAAGAGAGAAGAAAGCAGGUUAUUCUUCAAUACAUAGCACCUGAACAGUAUUCAUUUUUUUUAAAUUGUAAAAUACUGAGAAACAUUAAUUAAAAAUAAUUUCACACAAGCGAACUACCAGAGAGGUUUCUUUUGAAUAGUUAAAUCACUUUAAAAUUUCGUUCGGAGGAAUAAAAGUUAAAAUAUUUCUUGACCACUUAAGCAGGAAUUUGUAAUGACUCUGGAACUUUUUCGGUAGGAGGAAGUACGGUGGUGCAUUCCCGUUCUUCCUUUAAGUUUUCACCUGCAGCUAACUUCGCUCGUAGCAGUGAGUUAGCUGCUCAUGUAUGGGUGCCGAAUGAUACGGAGUUCGUGCAGAUGAUCGUUAUUCACAACAAUAUUCAGUUGUAAUUAGGUUAGAACCACUUCUGAAUAACAAACUGCCCAUGUCAAUUGAUCAGUUGUACCUGCUCCUUAAUAUACACGUUUUAGAAUAGUGUUUAGUUUACAAACACUGACACAGUCGUAUAUGGAAUGUUUAAUCAGACUCUCUCUAAUACGGCCACCUUUGAGACCUGAACUAAUCGUGUCCGUCUUAGAGAGAUGCUCUUCUUAAAGAGAGUCCACUAAAAGAAGCAAAGAAAGAAGCCAAGUGUAGGUGCCAGGUCUAGGGAGUUGUCCGUCUUAUAGAGGUGUCUGUUAAAAAAGAGAUGACUGUAUAAGAAUGCGAGGUCGGCGUUUACACGUAUUAGAAGUGUUUGGAUCUUACAGAAUUGUUUCAGGAUUUAGGCAGUCGUUUUUUGGCCUCCUAAAAAAUCCGUAAACAUUCCCGCAUACCCAUGCAAACUCUUAAACACAUGUUGUUAUUAAUUGUUUCAUCAGUUGACGGCGGUUACAGUUCUUGGGGUCAGUGGAGUUCCUGUUCUGUGACUUGUGGUGGUGGUACUCGUUCCAGAUCCCGUACAUGCACCAACCCCCCGCCACAGUUUGGCGGUAAGGACUGCUCUGGCCUGGGAUCCAGUUCCGAAAGUGAUGCCUGUGAAAGGCAGUGUUGCUCUGGGGGUAAGAACAGAAACGUUUUAGUCUUAAAAUAUUUCCUUCGUUAUCUGCAAGGUACACAUUUAUUACCCUCGAACUUCACAGAAGCGGCAGGAUAUAUAUAA